AUAUUGUCAUCCCGUUUAGGAGUAAACAAAAAAAAAUCCCGCGUCACUGCCUUAGGCAUCUCAUAAGUCCCCCGCGACAAAAUUCCGUUGCCUAGCUUUUUUUUUUCAUUCCUCUACCCUCUGCAGUGCUGGAGUUGAUAGCACCGAAUACCCCGAAGGAAGACCGUCGUGUCAGGAUUCUCCGUCAAAAACAAGGGCAGCCACGCUUCUGCCACGAGGCAGUUAAGCCUAAGCGAGGUCAUAUAAGCCAAAGAACGUUGAAAGAACGUGUUGUACCUCUCCCCGCAGUCGUUACGGAUCUGAUCCAACCACCUCAAAAUCAAGACGUCACUAUUGGAGCAAGCCCUUAAUUACCUUCAACUUCCCAUCCAUCUUUGCUUCAUCCACCUCUUGCAACAUUCCCCUUGAAAUCGUUCCAUGACUGUGGCGGUCGACUGUCGACGAAUGUUGUCUUGGCCCCAACAGUCUCAUCAUGCUCCAUACUGCUAUCGCCCAACCUACUCUCCAUACCAUGGGAUUCCACCGAAGAACACCAAGGAGUUGAAUCGGGAAAUGCUCAUCAACGUUUUGGAACACCUUUCGUCUCUCCUAGAAGUGGAGUUCGGAGGCACUGCUAUCAGACUCGUCGCGCACGGUGGCGCAUGCAUGCUUUUACAUCCCGGGCUCUACGACCUAGCGAGACGCAAGGCAUUAUACCAUUCCAGCAUGGGUGAAAACGUCCAAAUGCGGAAGACGACGCGAGAUGUGGAUUACAUUCGAAGAAGUUUCAUUGCGGAAUACGUUGGGAAAUACAAGAUUUUAGAUGCGGAUUAUAGAUUGCAGAAGUGUAUACGGGCGACGGCAGUAAAAUUUGGUCUGGGAGCGGACUGGAUGAAUGCAGAUGCAGAUGUGGCAUUGCCUAUGUCAACGACGUCAGCGGGAACACCUUAUGAUCCUAUCUAUCAUGCAUCACUCCAACCGUUUAACGUCCGCUUAUACACAGUCUAUACAUCGAAGAACAAGAAGUUGUCCAUUGUCAACGUGACACCCGCGUGGGCCGUAGCGUUGAAGCUUGUUAGAUAUGCGAAAUGGGACCCAGGGGAUAUUUCUCUUUUGCUGAUGAACGGGACAAAUUUAUCCAAGGUUCAUUGGACUACGAAGGUCAUCAAAAAAUGGCUCAUUGACGAAUGCUCUGCGAUGAGCUAUCAUAAGUGGGAUGCAAAUCGACUACUGGAUAUGCAAAGCAAGAUUGAACACGCGGUCCAGAUGGUCACUUCAAUCGGUACUAAUCUACCGCCAGCACAGGACUGUUCGACACCUGCUGCUGCGAGCGGACUAGUAGCCCCAUCCACUGGUUUGACUUCGACGUCUACCCGCAGCGCUCAACGAACACCUCCCGUACCCGCACCUGAUCUAUCAUUUUCACAAUCCCUCCGACUUCUUGGACCGAGCGUAAGUUUGGACUCGGGAUCAUACGCAUGGAACGCUUCGGGCACAAACAACGCCUUUGCUGUGGAUGAAAAUCAUGCGCCAACCCCAACUCGGAAGAAGAAGAAGCGGAAAGAAGGCCACGAAAAUCACAAGACUCCCAGUGGUCUCAUCCCACAGAUAACUUCCGCUUGGCAUUUGGAGGCGCUUCAGGCAGCUCUACCUGAUACUACCAAUCACUCUGUCCGACGAAGUAGAUCUGCCGAGUUCGAUUCUCCCGUUCCGUUCAUUCCCGAUAUGCCGUCUGACCCGUUGAGCUGGAAACGGCCUCAGCCUCCGAAGGAGAAGCAGCGGCUGGACAAACAUGCUGAACGAAGGAAGGAAAGGCAACGGCGAGAUCGAGCGAGAGACUUCGACCGGCGUUUCAAAUGGGAGGGAAGGGGCGGGCUUCUAGAUGAUCCCCGCGAGAGUUUUACCCAUCACAGAGAGGAAGUUGACUCGUCGGAUACGGAUGAAUCGAGCUCGUCCAGUAAUGACGAAGAGGAGAACGCGGGCAAAAGUAGUGGCUUCAUUGAAUACGUUCCGAUGCCUACUCCUCCCUCCGAAGUGUAUACCCGAGAAUGGCAGGAACAACGGGAUAGGCAGGAUGACAGAUGGAGAGAACGAUACGGAGGGGAGCGGGCUACCUCGACGGAUAACCGUGUGUCGCUCGUUGAGGACAACCAACACGGCAAUUCUUCGACAGGCCGCCAUUGGCAUCGUCCACAACAUUCUCAAACGUGGCCGGUACCUACUUCACGCAACUCCGACCUUAUGAUGUCUCUCUACACUCCGCGGGAAUCACCCUCUAUCCCAGCUACCAACACUACUCAGCAAAUGUCCCCGCCUUCCCUGAAAUCCGAUCCUUCCGCCCAGACUCACGACUUACAUUUACUACGACAUCGUCGUUCAUAUACCUCCCCCCGAUUGUCGGUGCAUUGAUGGAUGCUGUCCAGGCGCAUUCUAAUAUCCCGGGCAGAAAAAUGACCCUUGGUCUGCGGUUUUCUUUCAUAUUAAUUGCACUUUAUAAUACCCGUGCUCUUUACUAACCUAUUCUGACGCUUAUAUCUUUGUGUAUUGGAGGACAUCGUGCAAAACGGACGCUAAUAGUAGAACCGGAAUUGCGGGAACUGAAGUACCCUCAUAUACCAACUUUGAUUCAUUCAUGUACUGUACGUAGCACCCUGUGUCAUAAACCGCUGUAUAGUAUAUUUUUCGUCAUUCGACUUGUACUAUUGAUCUCUUGUUUCUAUGUUCAUGUUUUUUUGUUUGACGUCGGAGUUGUCGGGAUACUUACUACUUGGUAGCAAUACAUUUGCAGGGAGG